AAACAAACCCUUGGGCGGGAGCUGUUUUGGGGAUGUCCAGCUUCCUUACACUAUUGUACUCGUCUGUACCUUCACGUAUUGUGAGUGGUCACCGUGGACAACAGGUGUUAUUAAAGGGGAUUUGACAGCAAAAGCAGAGAAAACAGUCACAGGUUCCACUUUCUGAGCUGGAUAUUCAUCAUGCUGGUCGGUGUCUAUGGAAGGGUGUGGAGGUGAUGCUGGUCACGUUACGUAAAUACUGUCUGGGGAGCAUUUACGGUGACCAUGUCCACCUGUCUGCACUUCUCUCCGCGGCACUAAACACGUCCUCAAAUGAGAUGCAACCAUUCACUGGUUUUAAAGCCGGCCGUCUCAGUUCACCAUGCUCCACAGGCACAUUCAGGAUCCCGCCAGCCAGAGACUGACGUGGAACAAGCCGCCAAAAAGUGUCCUUGUCAUUAAGAAGAUCCGAGAUGCCAGUUUGCUGCAGCCUUUCAAGGAGCUCUGCGGGUUCCUCACAGAGGUCAAAAACAUGAUUGUUUACGUGGAGAAGAAAGUUCUGGAUGACCCGGCUAUUUCAGGGGACGAAAACUUUGGGGCCAUCACCAAGAAGUUCUGCACGUUCAGAGAAGAUUUUGACGACAUCUCUAAUCGGGUUGACUUCAUCAUCUGUCUCGGAGGAGACGGAACGUUGCUGUACGCGUCCUCGCUCUUUCAGGAAAGCGUUCCACCGGUUAUGGCCUUCCACCUGGGCUCCCUGGGCUUUCUCACACCUUUUAAGUUCGACACAUACCAGACUCAGGUCACUCAGAUCAUUGAAGGUAACGCCGCCAUCGUCCUGCGGAGCCGCUUGAAAGUCCGAGUACUUAAAGAGAACUGGGAGAAGAAGGACACCAUGGAGGAAAAGAGUAUCGUCCUGACCAACGGGGACGUUGAAAGCAGCCGCAAAGCCGUGGAGUAUCAGGUUCUCAACGAGGUGGUGGUGGACAGAGGACCCUCCUCCUACCUCUCCAACGUGGACCUGUACCUGGACGGACACCUGAUCACCACGGUGCAGGGAGACGGUGUGAUCGUCUCCACGCCGACAGGCAGCACGGCGUACGCCGUGGCGGCCGGCGCCUCCAUGAUCCAUCCCAACGUCCCGGCCAUCAUGAUCACCCCCAUCUGCCCCCACUCGCUGUCCUUCAGACCCAUCGUGGUGCCCGCCGGGGUGGAGCUCAAGAUAAUGCUGUCCCGCGACGCCAGAAACACGGCCUGGGUUUCAUUUGAUGGCAGGAAGAGACAGGAGAUCUGUCACGGAGACAGCAUUACCAUCACCACUUCUUGCUUCCCCGUUCCCUCCAUCUGUUUCCGCGACCCGGUGAACGACUGGUUCGAGAGCCUGGCGGAGUGUUUGCACUGGAACGUGAGGAAGAAGCAGAACUACCUCAGCUCGGAGGACGAGGAGUUCUGAGACCAAAGGUCUCCGGGACUCGUCCUGGUUUUGAGCUUCGCCGGCUUCCGGCUCCAACAUUUACUAGAAAAAUCUUACUAAACCUCACUUUUAAUCGCUAAGGGAGGCGUUUCCUUCACAUUCAGGAGAGCACGGUCUCUCCUGCUGCGUUUAAUGUUUAAAUAAGGGGCGAGCUGUGAGUCCUGCAGUAGACAAAUAAUUAACAUCAGGCCAUUUUAAAGUAAACAGAAUUGAAAUGUUUAAAAGUAUCUGGUUUGCAAAAACUGGCACUACCGUCCUACCUGUGUGCAGCGUUAAUGAAACACAUGUCAAACCUGAGGUUGGUGUGGAACCAAAGUGCACAGAGUUAGAUUGUCGGUCGGUUUUUUGUUCCAGCCCUUUUCAUAUUUACUUGAAUAUAAACGCCAGUUCUCGCCGCGCAGGCAAAGACUGAGAUGCGCUUUUUCUGGAGGAUGAAAUUUAAAAAUAAAUAAAAUCCUGCUCCAGUUUUGGAGAAACAAAGAAUGAUUUUAAGAAAAUGAUACAUUCAGGGGCCCAACUGUACAGACUGUGCCUUAAACUGCUAUUGUAUUGACCGAAAUAUGAAUUUUAGGUUUACAUCAUUUUUGUCACACACUUGCAGAAAUCAGUGAUUUUUAUCGUUCCUGUCUGCAGAUCUUGAUUGAAAAAGUUACAUCAGCUGUUGAGUUGAACGUUCACUUCACGCAGAGAUGUCCUCAGUGUCUUUUUACCAUCUGGUUUUAAAGAUGUCCUUUAAGCCAUAGCCAAACUUUUUAAAUCGUGUUUUAUACGCCGAUGCGUCUGUGGGCGGAGCCGCCGUCUGUCGUGAAUGUCGGUGACUUGUUACAGAGUCUUGUUUUUGUUGUUGUCGUUUGCUCUUAAGCGUGCCGGCGUGCAGCCUGCGCUGUAAACUUUAAGUGACCUACCCUGCAGGUCCGCUUGGACGGAUGUCGGCGCGUAAACCGAGACGCGGUGAAGAGACCGCCGAAGGUCUCGACUGAUGAAGAAGCUCUAAAAAAAAAUAUUAAAAAAAAGCAAUCAUUCCUCUCACACAUGUAUAUAAAUGUAACUUUAAAAAGUUGUAUUUUGUAAAUUCCAUGUUUAUUAACUGGUUUAUAAUGUAUUAUUAAUGAAAACAAAUGUAUUUGGUACUUCUUUUUUUUUUAAUUUGUCAGUUUUUGCUGAAGAGGAAAAGUCUGUUUUAACAGUCUCGUAUCAGACUGAAGGUCGUGACGUUUGUACGAAAUACAUUCCAACACAAAGUGAUCGGUCCAGUUUCCGCAGAUCAAUACUGGCUGCUUUGUCACCUCCGAUGGUCUGAAAUGUUCUCUAAUCAUGUAAAUUAGAUCUUUGUAAAGUCUAACUUCUCUUCUGUGAAGCAUCGUAGACUUUCCUCUCAAAGUUCCUUCCUGUUUUGUUUUGUUUUUUUAAACUGAAAACAUGUAAUUCUAACUUUUGUAUCAGAAAGUUUAUUAAUGUGUGUAAUAUGCUAUUUUUUCCAGUAACACUUUAAUAAACAGAGUUUAUGCAGGAA